CUGCAACCAGGGACAAGGAUGAACCGGCUCUACCGGCUAAGCCGCGUCUCCAGCGAGGUGGAAGCUCUGCCUCCCUCCACAACAGUCUCAUGAGGAACAGCAUCUUCCAGCUCAUGAUACACACCCUUGACCCACUCGCCGAAGAACUUGGAUCAUAUGGAAAACUAAAAUAUUAUGACACAAUGACUGAAGAAGGGAGGUUCCGAGAAAAGGCUUCAAUUCUCCACAAGAUCGCCAAGAAGAAAUGCCAGGUGGAUGAGAACGACAGGCAGAACGGGGCUGCCAAUCACGUGGAAAAAAUCGAACUCCCGAACAGCACGAGCACAGAAGUUGAAAUGACAACACCCAGCGAUGCUUCGGAACCUGUACAGAACGGAAAUCUCUCCCACAGCAUCGAAGCCGCAGGAGCGCAG